UGGAACUAAAAAUACAAACUAUCAUUACAAAGUUUCAUGACAUUUUUCAUUUCAAAGCCAAGUUGGUCAUGAAAUAGAUGUUAGCUAUUUUUUGUGUUUUCUUACCCUUCUCAUAUAAAAAAUCAACCGACUGUUGUCUGCAUUUAACUCCGAGUAAUUAAUGAGUCGUCAUCUUUUAGAUUUUCUAAUGGAAGGCACUUUGCAACUUUUGGAAGACUGCGAUACAUUGGACCCGAUUGCUCCUCCUACCCUAAUAUCCUACUUCGGGACUGUUUUCUUGAUUUGUUGUCCCAACCCUCCCAACCGAAAUAUUUUGUUUCCUCUUUCUGAUGUCAUCGAAGAAAAGGCUCAAUCCGAUUAUAACCCUGAAGAGCAAGUUGAGGGUGCCUUUGAUUACUACGACAGCGAAUAUGUAGAUUAUGAGUAUGCCUCGCAAGAUCCAGAUUCAAUUGAUUCCACCUGUCAUCCGCUCGAGUGUAUGGAUCGAUCCUUGUGUGAUCUUAAAGAUUUUGAGGGCCUUGCUCCGCCUUCGAGUUGUGGGUGGGCCAAUGAUGAAAUGCAGUUUACUGAGUUCCACGCUCUUGGAAGCGAACAUGACCAUCAUUGAGAAUGGUCUUUGCUUUCAAGACCUCUGCCAUCGCUCACAACGAGAUCGAAUUUUGACCAGUCUGAUGGCAGCCCAUUUACCGUUCGGAAUUCCAUCCGAUAUGAUGUGUGCCACGGGCUUCCUCGACGUUGACUCGGAAAAAUAUACGAGCCCAUGUCACGGGGAUAGCGGGGGUCCCUUGUAUACCCGGCAAGAAGCCAUCGGCGAGAACCGCGGGCAAACCUUGGUUGGAUUGGUAUCGGGAGGAUUGAGUUGCGGUGAAAGGACCCCUUCGUGGUUCACCCGAGUUUCUAAAUACACCCGAUGGGUGUUGUGCAUCUUGACCGCCACCAAGCGCUUCAAUCAUCGGGCCCAAAUCCUAGAGGAUUGCCAGUCCUUGGCACCCAGAAUCCGGCGAGAUCCCCGACAAUGCUCCUCAACAAUCCAAUAAGUUUCGACAAUAGCACACAACAAUCAUCAUUGAUGUGAUGGUGUGGCGGUUCAUUUUCUUUGUUAAGUAACACGAUCCAUUCAUGGACGAUAAGCCAAACUUCAAAAUACGUAGCAUUUGUAAGAAGACGCUCUUUUCCCUUGGAGUACCACUCCGUCCACGCUAUACCAUACCUUGGAGUGGUUGGUUGGUUGAUUGGUUGGUUGGUUAGGAGUUUGGUAGAUACAUAGUAGAUAGUAGAUGGAUAGAGGGGGCAUCUGAAGCAAUUAUAUUGUUUCACUUCUACGACUCAGGCCUGAGCUUCAUGAAGGUUUGGCCAAGAAGAGGCACAGGUGAAUCGAAUAGCUUUAGCUUACGCUGACGUGGACUAAGACUCCUUCUUGCUGGUCCUCUCAUGAAGUGUGUGUGAACUUUGUAGGCACUGACAAAAUUCGUAUGAAUCAUUGGUCCAAAGCUCUUGGUAAAGAAGUAAGAACAUAAUUCGAAUACGGAUGUAAUCAACUGUAAUUCAACUUUAGGGUCUGAAACCGGGCAUUGGAAAAUAACACUGGAGUGGAAAGGAAUCGAUACCCUUUGCAUAUUUCCUGAUCCAAAACAUGUGUUCGCAUUUUUGAUGUAAAAGGUAAAAACAUGUAACUGAACCAAAUGGGCACAAGUGGUUUAUCUUUGUCAUCUAAAGGAUCGUCCAAUUGUGAUGAGGAGGAAAACAAGUGUCUCAUUACUUUCGUUAAAAGUGCCCUGUCAUUUGUGGAUCUCUUUUCAUGCUAAUGUUGGAUGUCGUCGAUUGCCUAAAACAACAUCACAAAUAUCAACAAAACGGUCCAAAUUACCAUUUUUGCCAUUGAAGCGUGGAAGAUCAAAUGUCGUCCAAGUGUUGAUGAUAAAUAUAAUAAUACCGUAUAUUUCUUUUAUUUUUCUGGAAGUGAAGAAGGCUUCAAUAGCGUAAAAAACUUGGACUACUAAGCUGGCAGUGUUAAUUAUCCUUUGAAUAUUUUUUUCUGAAAAAUGUUGUUCCACGCAAGAAUUAAAAAAAACGGACUCUAGUUAUACAGCAACGUUUCUUUCUAUAGCCACUUGCUUUAUCAGCUUUUUUUGUUUCUUCAGAGAAUAGUGAUCAUUUUCCAUUUCAUCGCUUAACCCGCACUCUUCAUCAUCAAAUCUGAUGUAUUGGUGGUUCAAACAAAAAAAAAAAUUUCGUUUCAAAAGUAGAACUGAUUUCUCUCUGCUUCAAUCAAAGAUGGUUUGAUUACUAGACCAAAUGUAAUCAACUAGGACCAUAAUCACAGGGUUAUGCAGAGUAAUUGGAAUAACAAUUAGCUCUCAUAGCUUCCAUUACUUACAGUAGAUUGGCUUGAUAUGAGAAAUUAGCAAUCAAGAAUCAUUUUCUUGACUUUGUCAUCGAGAAAAAGCUUCAUCGAACAUAUUUUCACCUCUAUUGGCCUUUUUGUUGCUGAAUAAAGAAUUUUGACUUUUA